AUGGGUCUAAGCAACACUAUUCCCUCACUUUUGCUCUCUAUUUGGUUGUUUGGAGUUUUGGGUAAUGCUCAUCUUACCGCUGAAUUUUACUCCAAGACUUGCCCUAAUGCCACAGUCAUCGCUCGGGGUCUAAUCACGCGAGCUAGCCGUAGCGACGUCAGACUCACUGCUAAAGUCAUGCGUCUUCACUUUCACGACUGCUUCGUGAACGGGUGUGAUGGAUCGGUACUAUUGGAUGCUGCUCCUGCGGAUGGAGUUGAAGGUGAAAAGGAGGCUUUCCAAAACUUUAAUUCUCUUGAUGGAUUCAAAGUGAUCGAUGAUAUCAAAACCGCACUCGAGAAAGUUUGCCCUGGUGUUGUCUCUUGUGCCGAUAUCCUUGCUAUCGCAGCUGAAGUCUCUGUCUCACUGGCGGGAGGGCCGUCAUGGGACGUAUUGUUAGGAAGAAGAGAUGGUCGGACGGCGAGCCGCUCGGAUGCGGAGGCUGCACUUCCACUAGGACCUGACUCUCUCGAAAUUCUUACUUCUAAAUUCUCCGUUCAUAAUCUUGACACUACCGAUCUCGUCGCUUUAUCUGGUGCUCAUACGUUCGGGAGGGUUCAGUGUGGAGUGAUAACCAAUCGUCUACACAAUUUUAGUGGCAACAACGGACAGUCUGAUCCGAGCAUUGAACCGAAGUUCUUGCAAACAUUGCGACGAAAAUGCCCGCAAGGAAUUCAAACCGGGAGGGUCAAUCUUGAUCCUAAGAGCCCGGACUCCUUUGAUAACGACUAUUACAAGAACCUUCAAAACCACCGCGGAGUCAUUGACUCAGAUCAAAUCUUGUACUCUUCGACAGGAGCGCCUACUGUGUCUUUGGUGAACCGUUAUGCAAAGAGCCAACGUAACUUCUUUAGAGCUUUUGCGAGAUCGAUGAUCAAGAUGGGAAAUGUAAGGGUUCUCACAGGAAGUGAUGGUGAGAUUCGUAGAGACUGUAGACGGGUCAAUUAA